GAUGGUACUAGUUCCGACAGCACGUGAAGGCAGCACUGGGCUACUUCCUGUUAGAGAAGCUCAGUCAGCUGUCACAGUCUGAAGAAGAGGGUUCAGAGGAAGAGAAACACACAACAGGAGCUAAAAUGUCCAGUUUUUCCAACAAAUUUAGCGCUUACACGAUGACUCAACUCAACGAAAUUCUAGAGGACGACGAAAAACUCACAAAAAUGGUCCAGGAGAUGGAGGAGAUGCAGGAAGUCCAGCAGAGCAAGGAGACGACGUUGGUCAACAACCGAACCCUGGCCGAGCAGAACUUGGCGCUGCAGCCUCGACUGGAGCACAAGAAAGAAGAGCUCACCACCCGCUACGGCUGUCUGCAGGACAACUUCGAGUCCUUUCAGCUCCGCAAAUCCACACUAGACCACAGGUCAGGAAACACCUCCCUGGACAUCUUGCUGGCCCUGCUGCAGGCGGAGGGAGCCAAGAUAGAAGAGGAGACAGAGAAUAUGGCUGAUUCCUUCCUGGAUGGCGACAUGACCCUGGAUUCCUUCAUCGAUGCGUACCAGAGCAACAGGAAGCUGGCCCACCUGAGGAGGGUGAAGAUCGAGAAGCUGCAGGAGAUGGUGCUGAGCGGUCAGCGGCUCCCCCAGGCGUCGGUCCCCAACUCCCGAUCUCAGGAUGUGUCGGCAGCAGCCAGACCUGAGUCCGGCAACGGCUCUUCCCCCGCCGCCCAGCCGAAGAGGAAACCCCCCCUUCCUCCGUCCCAACCAGCCCCGAUUCUAAAUCGAGCUCCGACCGCCGCCCCGCAGGCUCCCGUCUUCUACUCGCCGUACCCACCGAUUCCCCCCAGAACGGGCCAACCCUUCCCCAGCGUGUCCUCUGGCUACCCCAACCACUACUUAUCUCAGUACCCCCCGGCUCUGCCUCAGAGGCCCACGCCUCGUAUGGCCCCGCAGCCCGGCUUCAUCAUGCAGUAAACAAAAGGCAGGUGCCGCUCACGAGGACGCAGUGUGUGUCGUGGACUUUUCACUUACUGGACCUCCUCUGAGAACUCUUUUUCUACGAUGUCGUCUGCCUUCUCAGAAAUACGACCAAUCACCUACAAGAGAGGCGGACCUGCUGGUCGCGCUCAGCUGAAGCAGAUGCAUCAUCUCAAAUGUGGAUUUGCGUUCACUCCCAUUUAACACUCCCAACAACAACUAAAAGACGUGACGAGAUCGGCCUCGACGCUCGCGGCGCAGGCUGUAGUGACACACGUGUUGGUCUGUGGGUCGCCGGGCUUGGACUUGUCAUCAGCACCUUGUGACCCGGCGGUGCCCGCAGCGCCGCACGAGCUCCUCUCGCCUCCCUUCAAACGAGCUUUUAUGAAGCACUAAAAUAAUUUAAGAAAAGAUUUGAUUAGUCAUUUCCAUCUGCAGCACACUAAUGUACCGGUGAUGUAUAUGCAAGCAGAGAGAGACCUGAUUACUGUGCAGGCGUCCCAGAAUAUGUCCCGGCGAUGCUGCGGCGACGCUGCAGCGACGCUGUGAUUUCUUUCUUUUUAUAUACAAUUCAAAAGGUACAUAGGAAUAUCUGAGCAUCUUUUUAUGAUAUAGUACUAACAGAGUUCUGUUAAUGAUAGCCUGAUUAACGUGUGUAAAGGACGGGCUGUGGUGGGUGUUAUCUCUUCUUCAAUACGUGGGGGGGGGGCUCCAGAGACCUGCCGGGUUCAAGAUGGCCGAAUGUUGCACUCGGUCCGUCUCAGGCAGGAGUGGAAGGAGAGGGUUAGUCGCUGAACGAUUGUAACCUCGACUGGAGCCUCGUCUGAAAUGAAGAUUUCUUGUAUAGCUACAGAACGCCUGUGUGUCGGUUCUGUGGGUUCCUGUUGCACGGCAACACUCCUUUAUGAUGUCUUAAACAUCCUCCGUUGGGAUCAGAGAUUAUACCAACAGCUCUUUGGAUCUCGUGCGGUUCAGCUUUCUGUCACUGAGCACCAAAGACUUCCCUCAUCACAUCGAGCGAUCGUCUACUAUUGUUCCAACGUGUCUGUUCGUGGCGUUGAGCUUAAACGCUCUUUUUGUAAAACAUGCAAGCGAGAUUUCUUCAAGAGGAACUUGCGAGGUCAACCUGGCGUCGGGAGGAAACGGGUGUUUUCCUCCCGACUGCCGUCGCUGUGCACUGCUGAAGAACCACGAGUGCCUACGCUUGAAGUGACGUUGAUCGCGUCCUGCUGACUGCUCCGUGUUUGUCUUUGCUGGUGAGGUUAGAACCGCCCCCCCAUCGCUUUGGUCUUUUCCUCCUCCUGCUACUGAUUUCACGUUCCAGCUGAUGGCGGAGGAAGUGUCUGACUGUUAGCAUGUUAGCUGUUAGCUAAGUGUCUGACUGUUAGCAUGUUGGCUGUUAGCUAAGUGUCUGACUGUUAGCAUGUUGGCUGUUAGCUAAGUGUCUAACUGUUAGCUGUUAGCUAAGUCUCUAACUGUUAGCAUGUUAGCUGUUAGCUAAGUGUCUGACUGUUAGCUGUUAGCUAAGUGUCUGACUGUUAGCUGUUAGCUAAGUGUCUGACUGUUAGCAGAGACGCUGUGCCGAGAGACGCCCUCAGGACGUGUGCACGGCGCUGCUUCUUUUCCAUUCUUCCUCCAGUGUCCAGGUGAAUUCAGAGACGUUUUGUUCUUGUUGGUGAACUAACGGCUCCAGAAUGUUUGGUGUCACAUCUGGGUGACAACACGUCCAGGCGGUGGACCGCAGAAUGGACAAAGAAUACAGAAGCUACAGAAAUAGCUGAAACCUCACCAUCACGAUGAACCAGCAUUUCUAACGACUAACAAACGGAGACUUCUUCUGUGCAUGGCCGUCGCUCUUUGUCUGAAGAUUCCUCUUUAAUACGUUUUUGUUUAGCUGUUGAGCUGCUUUUUACGUUUGAACUCAUCUUCUUCUAUGGUUUUAUAUGUGGUUGGUGAUAUUUUCAGUGUAAUGUUUGUAGGUAUUUACUUAUAAUGAAUGUUUAAGUGGAAUUAAUGCUAUUUUCAAGUUCAAUAAAUCUCAAAUUUUUGUA